AGAAUUUUUGUCUUCGUACCACAUGUUACCACUUUGCUACUACUAUGUACCAGUUUUGUUUUUUACUUGAAUUUUGAAAAUUUUUGCGUAAAAGAAACAAGUUCAUUAUGAUCUAUUUGAAAUUUUCGACUAUCUCCACCAGUUUGUCCCAUUUGAUUUCUAGAAAUUAUCAAAAUAUGAAAACAUUACUGUUCAUGAAGUUCAUUCUGUGCAUUUAAUUUUUACGUUGUAUCCAUGCUAAGUAAAAUCCUAACCACAUCAAUGAGUGAUUUUUUCUAGAUGGUCAAUUUAAGAUUUCAGAACAAAUAUUUAAAGUAUGGAGACCGUAACAAGUUUUAUUCAAAUUGGACCAUAUUAAUGCUUCAUCAUUGUUGUAGAUUCCUAGGCCUUAUCCUCAUAAAGUACCACUCAUAGAUUACCAAAAGGAGUUUGAUCUUUGGGUCAUAAAGCUUCCAUCAGCGGAUACUGCAGUUGUAAGUAGAACGCUUGCAACGUUAAGAAAUGCUGAAGAUGGGCUCUGAGUGCUUGAUAGUCGUCUUUCGAUUCAUUGUUCUAGGCUUGUUCGUUGCGCUCUUGGGUAGAAGUUCUAUUGGAAGGUGGCUAUUCCUAAACUUUUCAUCAUUUUCCAGCCUUGGAUGGUUCAGUAAGAAUGGUCCUUCCGAGGAUGAGGUCGCGAGCGCUUCGUUCAAUAUGUGGUUCGUUGGACGUGGAUACAGUGACUCGAGGAUGUCGGCAAAUGCUGGAGACAAGGAGGUCGAUGCAGAGAUCAUAACAAGAAUUAUGGAUCCCGAUGCGGGCUAUUUGACGACUCCUAUUAUCUUGCUACAAUGUGCUUUGAUCGUUCUAGGUCAACGUGACAGUCUGCCUAAAGGAGUUCUCACUCCUAGGAUUGUGUUUGGCUCGAUGGAUCUCCAAGAACGACUCCAGCAAAAUGUGAUUUUUUAAUGUCAUUUCAAGGAGAAUUGGCUCUACUAAAUGAUGGGUGCUCUAAUUGAACCUUUGGUCAUGUGAGAAAUUGGUUUAUCUCUAAGUUUGGUCUUUUCCACUUUUAGUAAUCUGAAUAGGUUGACAAGAGUGUAACGUGUUGGAGUUUGUUUUAGAUUUGUAUUUCAUGAAUUAUUCCAUCUUGAACAAUCACGAGGGUCGGUAUGGAGUCCAUCUCCAUUUGUCGUUAAUGGUGUUAAUAAGACCUCUGAUUCUGUUAAGAAAAUGAACAAAAAUGAGUAUAGUGGUCCAUCAGACAUUCUAAUUAUAGCUAGAGUUGUCAUUAUAAACCAAAGUGCAUAUACCUAUCACAAGGGUCAAAGUUUUAGCUAUACAGAUAUACUUUGUCUGGUUAAAGAUUAAAUGUCUUGGAUUCCACGUGUUGGCUAAUGAGAGGAAGCAUCCCGAGAAAAGAUAGUAUAAUAACACCUAUAGUGUUUAACUAGCAAUUUGCCCGGCCAGUUGGCCAGGUUUGGGUAUUCUAUACUACACGGCUAAGCGUCAGUCUGAAUUAACCAUAAUCAACUUAAUUUUAAUAAUGAGAUACCCUACACGUGAUUUUUCAUUUGAAACCCUAAUAAAACAUGAAGUCCGUUUACCUCCUCCCCUUUGAACGUCAAGCUACUUUGACAUGCAUUCCAUUCAUUCUCCAAUCGCCCACAUGGAUCAAAGUGUAAUUUGUACCGUGUUGAACUCAUUGGUUGAUUGGGUAGCCCGUAAUGCUAGGUUGAAUUUUAAACCUUGUAAUGAAUUGUUGUUAUUGAUAAUGAUUUUGUAAAAUAUCAUAAAAUGUUGUAGAAAACGUUGUUAAUAAUGAUGACUGUACAUUGCUAAUAUUAUACAUCGGAUAAAUGUUGAUAAUUCUUAACUUUUAGAUUAAUUAAGGAUCUGAACCCCGCCCUUGAACAAUACGUGCUCACUCCUCUGUUUCCGCCUGACCACCAUGUCCGUUGUCCCCCCAACUCAAUUGAUAAAUUUCAAGAAUAUGGAAGAAAGCUGCCAAAAACUAGGGGUGGCAGUUGAUUAUUUCGAUUAUAACCGGUAAUCGAUCGGCCGGUUAUCGGUUAAUCAAAAUAACCACUUUCUUUAUCGAAAAUUGACCGAAAUAGUCUUCGGUUUCUCGAUUAUCACGGUUGUCGGUUAACCAAACCACUUUUAAGACCAAAAACCAUUUGUCCAGCCUCCGAUAACUGACCGAAGUUCGAUUAUUUCGGUUAUUUAACCUGGCCGGUUAACCGAAAACUGGUAACCGAACGGCCACCCCAACCAAAAACAUAAAACAUUGAGAACAGGAACACGAGCCAUGCAGAAAUCUAAUGGUGGCGCGGAUCUAGAGAUCAAAUCAAAACAAUUAGCAGGGGCAUAGUGGUGGCCAGUAAAGUGAUCUGUUAGGAAUAGGAAGGCUUUCAGUACGAGUCUUCCAAAACGACGAACAACUCACUGUCACUGAUCACUCUGUUUCCGCCCAAUUAAUAAAUGUACUGCCGUACU